ACGUACCUAUAUAACAUCAACGUUCCGGUUAUUUGAUCAAGUUAACCGAGUUUUCCGAGUGAGAAGGGAACGUUUAUUUUGCAACCCGGUCCCCUUACGGGCGGUAUAUGCAAAAAUAUGAGAAUCCGCCUAAGAUGUGCGGUUGUACUUGUUGCACUGCUUCAAGUUGUACUUGUUACAAGCAAGGCAUUAGAAAAAAAUAGUCAAUUGGCAUUAUUGCAACCACAAGUGCAAGGCCAAGAUCAACAAACUCGUGGUAUACAAAAAAGAUAUGCACCUGAAGAAGAACAUCAUGAUGAUCAUCACGAUGAGGGUUAUUGGAAAAAAAAAUUAAUAUGGAAACCAGGCUGGAAAAAAAUUUGGAAAUCAGCACAAAAACAAAUUUGGAAACCAGCAUGGAAAAAAGUAUGGAAACCAAUAUGGGAACCAACAAAAAAAGCUGUAUGGCGUGAUAUACAAGUACCAGCAUGGAAAAAAAUAUGGAAACCAGUGUGGAAAGAAAUAUCAGUGCCAGUAUGGAAAGAAAUAAAAGUACCAGCAUGGAAAAAAAUAUGGAAACCAGUAUGGAAACCAAUUAAAGUACCAGCAUGGAAAGAUAUACAAAUACCAGAUUGGAAAAAAAUACAAAAACCAAUAUGGAUUGAUAUUAAAGUACCAGCAUGGAAAGAUAUACAAGUACCAGCUUGGAAAAAAAUAUGGAUACCAGAAUGGAUUAAAGUUGGUAUACCAGGUGAAAAAAAUCUUGGUACUGAUGAACAUGGUUGGCAAUAUACAUCACAUGAUUUAUGGAAAAAAAAGUUAGUAUGGAAACCAUCAUGGAAAAAAUAUUGGAAACCAAGUAAAAAACAAAUAUGGUUACCAGAUAAAAAAUUAGAAUGGAAAGAAGAAUGGAAACAAAUAUGGAAACCAGGUAAAAAACAAAUUUGGAUUGAUGAUAAAAAAUUAGAAUGGAAAGAAGAAUGGAAACAAAUAUGGAAAAUUGAAAAAAAACAAGAAUGGAUACCAGAUAAAAAAUUAGAAUGGAAAGAAGCAUGGAAACAAAUAUGGAAAACUCAACAAAAACAAGAAUGGAUACCAGAUAAAAAAUUAGUAUGGAAAGAAGAUUGGAAAGAAACACAAGUACCAGCAUGGAAAGAAAUUUGGGUUCCAGGCUGGAAAAAAAUAUGGAAACCAGUUUGGAUAUCAGAAUGGUUCCCAGCAGAGGAUCAUCAUCAUCAUCAUCAUCCUGAACCGGAACACGGAUGGCAAGAUCGUAAAGAUGAGACAACUGAUGAUCAGAGACAACGACUUGCACGACAAAGUCAGCAACCACAGCAACAACAACAACAGCAAGAAUUUAAUUUACCACAGUCAUUUAUACAGGGUCAACCACAACAACAACAACAACAAGGUGUCAGUUCAAUAUCAUCAAUAACUGAUGACCUAGUUCCACCAUCAUCUGAUCAACAGUCAGCAUGGAAAUUUCCAACAAAUAGUUAGACUGACUAAUUAUUUUUAAUUUCUUUUUUCAUUUAAAUGAGCUUGUACAAAGACAAAAAAAAAAAAAAACCACUAUUUUAUUUUUUUUAUUUUAUCUCAAUCAAGCGAUGGAGAAAUUACUACGUGUAAUAUAAAAUGCUGUAUAUAUACUCAUUGAAAUUUAAGUAGAUAAAAAAAAAAAGAAUAAAAUUAACAAAAAAUUACCAAACCUAUUUCCCAAAUUUUCCUCAAAACAACAAUGUUUUUCGCAAAAAAAAAACAGCUUUUUUUUUGUACUGAAUUAUUUUUUUAAUAAUUUUACAACAAUCAACAAUAUUGUUUUAUUAUUAAUAUUAUUAUUAUUAUUAUUUACGUAUUUGUUUAAUUUUUUUGUUUAUACGUUAUUUGUUAUGAUAAUUGUUGAUUAAUGCUUGUUGAAAAUAAAUAUUUUUUGUUA